UGUCUCAGUGGAAUGAGUGAGUCACUGAGCCUGGUGCUACAGUUGAGAAACCGAUACAGAAAACAUCACUGUUUGAUAGUCAUCAUUUUUUGCAAAAAUAUUAAUUUUACUCUCCUAUAAUAGGUGACCAGAAAUGGAGAAAAAAAUAAGCAGAAUCUGUCUUGCUUCUGAACCUGAUGUAAUUCAUUUUCUACAAGUCACUUGGGAGAAAACACUAGGAUCUGGUUUUGUUAUUACACUUAUUGAUGGCCAGUCAGCAUGGACCGGAACAGUUUGUGAAUCAGUGAUUUCCCAAGAAGCUGAUGACAUGGCGAUGGAAAAAGAAAAAUAUGUUGAAGAACUGAAAAAAGCACUGGUGUCAGGAGCAGGACCAGCAGAUGCAUACAAGUUUAAUUUUUCUAAAGAGUCUUGUCAUUUCUCCUUUGAGAAAAAACUGAAAGAUGUUUCUUUCAGACUUGGUUCCUUCAACUUAGAGAAAGUCGCAAGCCCAGCUGAGGUCAUUAGAAAACUCAUUUGUGACUGCCUGGACACCAUUGCAGAAAAUCAAACCAAAAAUGAGCACCUGCAGAAAGAAAAUGAAAGGCUUCUGAGAGACUGGAAUGACAUUCAAGGACGGUUUGAAAAAUGUGUGAGUGCUAAGGAAGCUGUGGAGACUGAUCUUUAUAAACGGUUUAUCCUGGUCCUGAAUGAGAAGAAAGCCAAGAUCAGAAACUUACAUAAAUUGUUAAGUGAAGUUCAAGAACUAGAAAAGAACAUCGAGCGUGAAAGGGAAACUGCAACAUGUUCUGAAAUGACUGCUGACAGAGAUGCAAUAUAUGAUGAAAGUACUGAUGAGGAAGAUAAAAACCUGCCUGAUCCUUCAACAUUAGCCCCAGCUACUUUAAGAAGAGAUGAUUCCAUUAUUUCGAGUCCUGAUGUCACUGAUAUUGCACCAAGUAGAAAGAGGAGGCAGCGGAUGCAAAAAAAUCUCGGGACAGAGCCUAAAAUGGUUUCUCAGGAACAUCAGCUUCAAGAAAAGGAAAAGCUUGAUCUUCCACUACCCGAGACGCAGAAAAAGGAGCCCAGCUCAGCUGACAACUUGUCUUUAGAAACUCUCAGAAACAGUAGUUCAGAAGACCUCUUUGAUGAGAUUUAACUGUCUCAGAAAAGCCCUUUGAUGUUCACUAGACUAUGUUUUCUAUUCAUUUCUUUAAACUGAAAAAAGCGAAAUUUCUACCCAGCAGCAGCUCUUGCCUCAGCUUAGGAUUUAAUUACAGACAGAGCUGAAGCCACUGUGCACGGUGGCUCACACGUGGCCGUGAGCGUGCGACUCGGUGGCAGUGGUGGGCGAUUCUACAGCAUUCAUUCGGCCCGCCUGUGGUCACAUGAAACCUCACUUGUUGCAAAGGACACGUUUGUCGUACUCCGUUCACACGUAUUGUGUGGUAGCUGUCUAACAGCCUGCCGAGGGGGAUGUUGGAAAUACGACAAAAUGUGUACAGUUCUUUGUUUUUUUAAUAGUCAUGUUCAGAGCAGUUAUGUCUGAGCGUUUUAAUUUGUGGAAUGGUGUAUAAACCUAUUUUCAGUUUGUACACAAACAACCUGAAAAGCUGAUGAUACAGUUUCUGAUGCAUUAAAGAUUUUGUGUUCUUAAUAAAAUAUGUAACUUAG